GAAAAAAAAAAAAAAAAAAAAAGGAAGCAAAAGUUGAAAACAACAAAAAAGAACCCAGAGUACACUGCAAAAGGCUGCUGGGCCCGGCAGUGGCCCCUUGUAGCCCUUCGAGGGUGUCACGGACUGAUGGGAGCCCUGUGCCAUGAAACUGUCUUUGUUGGGAAGAUAAACAGGAGAAACUGCUUGGGCAACGCUGAGAGCAAGUAAAGGGAAAUGAUGCUGGGCAUUAUGCUUCUGGAAAUGACAGUAAAAUGUCUCACAGAAACUAACUUCUUUCUGGUUCUGUUUCCCCUCCCUACCAAAAUGCUGUUUGCCUGGAAAAUUGAAACUCAGUUUAAACGCAGGUGACAAGGAAAUUGGGAUUUUGUAGGAGCUAUUACUGCAGCAAGUGCUGACCAAAGGCCAUGGAAGAGCUCAUGGCUUGGUUGUGUUUGCUUUCAGGCUCCUCCGGGAAAGGUGGAAGAGGUGGUAAAAUUUGCUAUUGAUGCAGGCUACCGCCUCUUUGACUGUGCCUAUUUCUACCAGAAUGAAAAUGAAAUAGGUAAUGCAAUCCAGCAGAAGAUCAAGGAGGGGGCUGUGAAACGGGAAGACCUCUUCAUUGUCACUAAGUUGUGGAACACAUUUCACGAGAGGCCCUUGGUUAAGGUAGCAUGCAAGAAGAGCCUCGCUGCACUGCAACUGGACUACCUUGACCUCUACCUGAUGCACUUCCCUAUGGGAUUCAAGGCUGGUGAAGAACUGCAUCCUGUGGAUGACAAGGGUAUGAGUAUUCCCAGUGAUGCAGAUUUUCUGGACACAUGGGAGGCCAUGGAAGAGCUGGUGGACUGUGGCCUGGUAAAAGCCAUUGGUAUCUCCAACUUUAACCAUGAGCAGAUUGAAAGAAUCUUGAACAAGCCGGCACUGAAAUACAAGCCGGUAAAUAACCAGAUUGAAUGUCAUCCAUACCUAACCCAGGAAAAGUUGAUCCAGUACUGUAAAUCCAAAGGGAUUGCUGUGACUGCGUACAGCCCCCUUGGUUCUCCUAACCGCCCAUGGGCCAAGCCAGGGGAGCCUGUGCUGCUGGAUGAUCCCAGGAUUAAAGAGAUUGCAGUUAGACAUUAUAAAAGCCCUGCACAGGUUCUGAUCCGGUUUCUUAUCCAAAGAGAUGUGAUUGUCAUUCCCAAGUCUGACAAACCACAACGUGUUGAGGAAAACAUCAAGGUGUUUGACUUUGAACUAUCUAAAAAGGAGAUGGAUGUAAUCUUCAGCUUUAACAGGAACUGGAGGGCAGUUCCAGUGCUCCCAGCUGUCAAUCACAAGGACUACCCAUUCAAAGCAGAAUAUUAAUGCCAGUGGUUUCUGCGAGACCUCUGUGUAAAUCCUUCCAGAUUAGAUUAUGUACUCUGGAGCUUGGUCUUGUUUUCUUCUUCUGUACUUGAGAAUCAUUACGAGCAGUUACUUGUGCUUUUUUAGGAGACCACUAGCUGGUAUAAGAAUGCAUCAGUAGGGAUGAGUCAUUUGUAAAGAUGGUUAACAGAAAUCUGGUUUUGAUUAACAGUAAAAAGACACUGUCUAUUCAUUUCCUUUUUUCCUUGUCUUCCUUAAUUAAAGACAUGUUUAACAAAAACCUGAUUAUUUAGAUGAUUCCUUAUAUGUUAUUUCCAGUGCGGUCAGUCAUACUGGCUUAUAAGUUGUUGUCAAGGAAUGGUCUGUUUAAUUACUUUGCUUUUUACAUAUUUGUGAUUUUUUUAUAGUGUAAAUCUCUAAUGCCUUAACAUUUUAUAUUAAUAAAGUUUGAAUAACAACAAAACUUAA